GUGGAAAAGCGCGUUUGGCAUUACCCCCCCUCUUGGUCACAGCCUCCCUCUCCUCUGCGCCUCACUGGGGAUCUCUGGCUACAUAAAGGCGACAUUCAGCGCUGGAUUGAUGGCAUUCACUGCGCAGACGUGACCCGGCGUGUGCGACAGAGCUUCAGCUGUCGAUAUGAUCCGUUUAGCAUCGAAAAACAGCUAAACAAAGCUUUUCUCUGCUGUCCAUCGCAUAUCUAUCUAUCCCUCCUCUACCCUCGUCUCCCCCCCGACUUGUCUCGCGUCUUCUCGGGUGAAAUUUGACACAACAUCCGCAAGCUUUCUCUCCCGUUCGGAUGUAGGAGAUUUGGGGUUAAUUGGCCUGGUGUUUUCCCCUCAACAACUUCCAGGAAUACCAGGGUAAUACCAGGCCGCUGUAGCAAAUGAGUUUAGCCUUUAGCAAAAGAGGGACGCAAAACCCAACGCAAUUUUUCUAAACAUACCCAACCCGUGCGCACUCCAUGAAAACGACACGUCUCUCGUCCAAAAGGUGAUCUGCGACUUGAACCAUGGCAGCUACGUUGACGGUGGAAGAAGAGCAGGCGACAAGGCAGUUUUUGGAGGAGAUAAACAAAUGGACCAGUCAGCACGGAGUGUCCCCUCUGUCCAAGGACCUGGCCGUGAAGUUCCUCAUGGCUCGGAAGUUUGACGUGCUCAGAGCCAUUGAGCUUUUCCACAGCUAUAGGGAAACUCGGCUCAAAGAAGGAAUCGUGCGACUGCAGCCACAUGAGGAGCCGCUUAGGUCCGAACUGCUCAGCGGGAAGUUCACCGUGCUGAAUGCUCGGGAUCCGUCGGGAGCGUCCAUUGCCUUGUACACAGCUAAACUCCACCAUCCGAAUAAAACAGGAAACCAUGUAGUCCUCCAGGCCCUGUUCUACCUCCUGGACCGCGCAGUGGAAAGUUUUGAAACACAGAGGAACGGUCUGGUGUUCAUUUAUGACAUGGCAGGAUCCAACUACACAAACUUUGAGCUGGACCUCAGCAAGAAAAUACUCAAUUUAUUAAAAGGUGCGUUCCCUGCCAGGCUGAAGAAGGUGCUGAUCGUCGGGGCUCCGGUUUGGUUCAGAGUACCCUAUAAUCUGCUCAGUCUGCUGCUCAAGGAGAAACUCAGGGAGAGGGUGCAGAUGGUAAAAACAGCCGAGCUUAAACAGCACCUGCCCAGAGACUGCCUGCCCCAGCAUCUCGGGGGGCUGCUGCCUCUGGACGCUCAUACCAUGAACCAGCAGCUACUGUCGGGUCAGAACGGGAGGGUGGACCCUGUGGAUGAGCUGGUGGGCAUCCCGGUGGAGGAGGGGUCCGUGCAUGUGCCCGGGCCUGAGUCCAUGAGGCCCCAGGAGCUGAUGACUCUCCUGGGCCGGCUGCAGCGGUCAGGAGUUCACCAGGAGUACGAGGACCUGAGGAAAGAGCCACCACCAGGGACCUUCCACCACUCACAAGCUGUGUACAACCAGGACAAGAAUCGCUAUGGAGACGUGCUAUGCCUCGACCAGACAAGAGUCAAGUUAAAACCGAGACGAAAUGAGAGGUCGGACUACAUCAACGCGAGCUACAUGGACGGCUACAAACAGAAAAAUGCAUAUAUUGGUACACAAGGGCCACUGGAGAGGACUUACGGAGACUUCUGGAGAAUGGUCUGGGAACAAAACGUGCUUGUGAUUGUCAUGACAACCAGGACAGAGGAGGGCAGUCGGAGGAAGUGUGGUCAGUACUGGCCUCUAGAGGAGGGAGGGCAGGAGGUCUAUGGACACAUCGCUGUAGUGAACCAGAGAGUGGACCACCACCCACACUACAACCACACCACGCUGGAGCUGCACAACACAGAGACUUGUGAGCAGAGGCAGGUGAGCCACUUCCAGUACCUGAGCUGGCCGGACUACGGUGUUCCCACCUCAGCUGUGACGCUCAUCGACUUCUUGAACGCUGUGAAGAAGCAGCAGAAGAAGACUGUGAAGGCUCUGGGACAGCAGUGGACUGGACACCCCCUCGGACCCCCCAUGGUGGUUCACUGCAGCGCGGGCAUCGGCAGGACAGGGACGUUUUGUGCUCUGGACAUCUGCCUGUCUCAGCUGCAGGACGUGGGCUCUCUGAACGUGCAUCAGACGGUGAAGAGGAUGAGGACGCAGAGGGCCUUCAGUAUCCAGACCCCGGACCAGUACUACUUCUGCUACAACGCCAUUUUAGAGCACGCCCAGAGACACGGGCUGCUGCCGACCAAUCAGUGAGCUCCGAGAGACUGCACCGCUGUCCCACUGUAGCACUCAGACGUGUCAUUUUUUAAAGGGCCCAUAUUACGCUAUUUUAUGAUCUAUGUUAUAAUGUUGUUUCCUAAUUACAGACACACCUGGAGUUGUGUUUUGUUUCAUCCACACGUUUAACACACAAACCCUGCAUAUUUAGGCUGAGUUCUUCUCUCAACUACCACUUCAUGAUAUCACAAGGUGGGACAGAGCAUUUUGAGCUUUGGAAAUGUAGACAGAUUAAAAGUAAAGUGUUACUCAAACAUGUGUGAAUGAAACAAAACAACUCCAUGUUUGUUUUUGUGGAGGAACAGCAUAAUAACAUGGCUUAAAGCUCACAAGAGUCAAUUUUGCGUAAUGUAAAACCUUUUUAAAUAGCAGAAAAAUGGACGCUCUUUAAUGAGAAAGACAAAUAAAUACGCCAAGAAAAAAACCCAAGUGUCUACAUAGUGCUUAUGUAAUAGUAUGAUUAAACAGGCAUGUGACAAUAUAUUUAAAUUAUGGAAAGUUAAAGGUGCGAUAUGAACUUUUCUGGUAGAAGUUCUACCACCUGCUUGUCUCCAUGCCUUGAACGUUCAACAGUAUGGCAUUAGAUCCAUCUAUAUCCAUGGAGACAAGUAGGUAACACCUUCAGGCCAAGUUACAGGUCAGAUCUGUGGAGAGGUGAGCUCAUGCACAGUAAGAAUGAAUUGCUCAAAAAUAUCUUGGAAAAACAUUGCAAACACGAUUAAUCAAAUAAAUACAAGAAGGAUAAGUUUAAUGUGAUACUGUGGAACAUUUCAGGCAAAGCAUAAACAAUUUCAUUUAAAGAAGCAGGUGGUGGACCCUCCAUCGUGAAAUUUACAUAAUACACCUUUAUUCAAAAUACAGAAAUCUGAAGACUAGCUAGAAUUAUCACAAACAGAAUAAUUAACAAUAUAAAACCUUUUAUUAAUUCAGUUAUAGUCUCUUUAAAUUAACUUUUCCCUCCACAAUAUUUAAAUGUAUUGAAAUGUGCCUGUUUAAAAAUAAGCAGUUACUACCCAAGCACAGAGUCACAAGUUCAUUGUUACAUAUUUUGUAUUUAUUUGUUUAAAAAAUUAACCUGAAAUAUGCCCUUAGCUUCUUCAACAUUGAACCUCCAGCACACUUCAUACAGACCACUUCUGAAACUUUGGGGAAUCGUUCUGUUAGAUUCAUUGGGUCUUCUUAUGCAAUUAUAUUUUAGUUUAAUUAUAUUGGGGAAUUGUGAAAAACAUCUGGACCCUAAACAGUACAUCAGGUGUUGAAACUAUUUUACUGUAACUUUGAAAGAUUAAAAGCUUAGGUUGUGCAGGGAUUUCUGGUACAAAAUCUGUUUAAAUGCCAAUACUGAUACUUUUAAAUGCUCAAGUACAUGGAAAUAUUGCCUGACCAAAAAAUGACCAAUUAACAUAAAAAGAUGCAACUUAUGACUGUUUUCAAUGUCACAUGCUCACCUUUUCAUUACUUUUUCUAGUUUCAAUACUAUCAUCCCUUUGCAUGUUUUUUUUGGGGUUUUUUUUGACAACUUUAUAGUUGCAACAGAACAGGAAGGGCAUCUGGUGUAACAAUCACUCAAUAUUCAAUACUGAACAACAAAAAUUGAUGAACUUCAAAUAGUUAAUAAUAGUGUAAAAGGUUUUUGGGCAGUGUUUGGAAGAAAGUUAAUCAGUUCAUCAGUCUGUCACCAUGGUGACUGCACACAUUAGCAUACACAUACAGGUAGAACACCCCCCACAUGACAUCACUGCAAAACAUGAAUAGGCCCCUGCAAUCUACCUGAAAUUAUGACUUCAUCAAACUCUAGUAUGUGAACACACCCUAUAAUUUUCUGUCUUAUCCUUUUGCAAUUAUUGCUUGAGGUGAGGUAGAAAAGACAUCUCCAAAAAUGCUUUCCUAAAGAGAAUACUGCAUUUUGAUUCAAUGUUCAAUGCUCAGAAUUCUCCGUAGUUUGGAAAAAUGGACAAUACCACAAGCUGUCUCUUUUUGCCUAAAGCUGCUGUUACAAAAAAAAAACUUUAUUGAAAAUACAUAGAACAAAAACAAAAAUUUCAAACAGGAGUGGAAAAAGGUAACACAGUUCCAUAAAUAUUAAAAAUAAAAUACGUGUCCUUUUUAAAUCUUGUCCCAAUCAGGGAUCACCACAUCAAAUCAUUAACUUGAAGUGUGCUUUGUGAAUUUUUAUAUUUGGGAGUUUUUCACACAGUCCAGUUUCUCCAAGUUAAAACUGGCACAAAUGCUUAAGAUCAAAUAAUUGGCUUGUGUGCCCCCUUGUGGCUGGAUAAAUCGUUACAAAAACAUUGAUUACAUUCACAAAAUACUACACUUAAAUAUUUCAGUGCACCACCAAAAGUAAUUUAAAAUUAUUUUUGUCAAUUUUUGUUGACUUAAUGCAUACACCAAUUGAAGAAUCCCAUUUGACCACCUUAAUGUUUGUUUAUACAUUUGCAAUUAGGCAUGUGACCAUUUGAAAUGUUACUAUUUUAAAAUUAUUAUGAGAAGAAACAUCCUGAUUUAACGAUGAUUCACAAUUAUUGUCACUGACCAAACAAUAGUAAAAUCCUUAAUAUUCUUUCAUUCAUAUUGUCUAAUUGAUCACCAUUCCUAAAGUAAAUAAGCAGCUUUAUGAAAUCAAACUUUCUCAAUCAUGGAGUAAAAUUAUUGUGACAUGGCUAGCUUAAAAUCACAGUAUGUAACUUUUUGGCCCAAAAUAGACUUUUCAUUUUGAUUGUGUUUAUUGCACUCAGACAUGUAGCCUUACUUGCAUCUCCACAAAACUCUUAUUCGGCCUGGAGGAGGGCAUCCACCGAUGUUUCCAUGGAAAUGUUGUUCCUUUGGCAACAAUACUCCACAGUAUGGCAUAAAACUCCUAUCUCCAUGGAGAAUGUUCCAAAGUAUGGCUUCAACUUUCAAUUUCCAUGGAAUCAUGCAGGUGACGUGCCACCUCCAUAAAUUUGCGUUCUGUACCUUUUUAAAACAAAAACAAUUAACACUUAGAUUGACUCAACAGAUUGAAUUAAAAUGGCCUGAUUUUGCUCCUACACUUGCUUUAUUAUGCUUUUGUAGUUCUUAGUUAUAUUGUGAUCUGAAUAAUCGCUAUUACUAAUUAAGUAAAUCAGCUUGUCAUCCCUAUUUGCAGUGACCCAUUGACUUUCAUUGUGCUUUAGGAACUGAACACAUUGCCUCAAACCACAGAUGUCAUUAAUUCACCCUUGAUGAACUGUACACCUCAAGUCCUUCUCAUUUAAGACCUCAUGAGUAGUGCAAUAUUUUUAUUUGAACGCAAAUCAUUUAUUUGCACUUUUGCAGAUUGCCUUUAUUUGCUCAGUGAAAAGAUACACUAUGUCAGUUUUCUGGUGGAGAGUCUGCCACCUGUUUGUCUCCAUGGAUAUGUUGGAUAUGGAUAUUCCACAAUAUGGCAUUAAAACUUAAGUUAGCUAGCAUUUAUUACAAAUAUUACAUUCUGUCAAUUGCCUUUUGAAAAAUAUGGCAACAGGUUUGCCUCUUCACAGUUCAUGUAAUUUUGCCUUCUUGUCUCCAUGGCAAUGCCGUGCUGUGGAACAUUCCAUGUGAUUAAUGAAAGAACAUCUUGUAGUUGAGCAAACAGUAGACCUCUCAUGAGAAAAGUUACAUGGUGCACCUUUUAAGUACAACACAAAUAUAAAAGCUGUAGGUCUAAGUUCUGGAACAUUUGAGAGUAUGUUGUGUAUAUAGAGAACAUAACUGGGGAAAAUUCCAUUUUUAAUUAACAGGUAAAGUCAGUUGAGUUGGUAUAUAAGUUAAAGUAGGACUAAAUGCCUAAACUCUGCCCACAACUACAUUUCAACUACCUACUAAACUGGGCAGUACCUGGAGGACUAAAGAAAAGAGGUAUAAGGAACAGUAUGAUUGGUCUAACAGGUAGCCACACUUUAAACUCCGCCCCUGCAGCCAGGUGUGCCAGGUGUGAAUCAGAAACACCUGGCUGUGAACAGGGCAGUCCUGUGUGAUGUCACCUACUACUUGAAACUGCAGAGGCCACUGGAGGAAGCACAAACUUAGAUUUACGCGUUUUUGACCAGAAAGCUGCAAAUGUACCUAGUUUGCACUAAAGUUGCCAAAAAUGUAACUAGGAACAGUAGAUAAUGCUAGUAAAUCACCAUAUACAGUUAAGUAGUGAAUAAAAAGUGGAUUUCGUGUUUAGUUCCAUUUUAAGUCUUGUGCUUCUUCAGAUGUACAACUAAACAAUAUGGCCUCUUUUGACAUUUUCUGGAAAAAGAGUGUUCAUAUUACACCCUUUAACAACUAUUUCCACGUCUGGCUUAAACUUUCUGCACAGUGUAGUUAAUCUAAGUAAACUCUGUAAAAUCCUGUUAAAAUGUGGUUGAAAUCUGUUGUCAUUUGUCUAUAACGCAUACAGUGUCCGUGCGCCUUUAGUCAUGAUGUCAUUAUGCAUUAUGUUGCUGGGUAAAAAAUUCUUUACUACAAAAUUCAUAUUGAAUUUGCUGGUAGUGAAGCCUUAUUGAGUCUGCCAUGGUCAUGCACUCAGAAUAACAUUGUUUUGUCCAUUCAACGAUGGAUGCAAUGCCCUAUUUUUAUUUUUCUAUUCAAGUUUCGUAGAUUUACACAAGCUAUACAGUUAUUUACAUUCAUUUUAUAUGUGUUUUGUUAUAACCUAUUACCUUAUUGUUUAGUCAUGACUAUUGAAUCAAGCUAUACUCUUAUUAAAAACUUUGUGAAAGUGAA